AUGCCGCCCUCGAUGAGCAUGCUGAUGGCAUCGGUCAAUCCAUGCCCAAACCCUCAUAUCCCACCGAUCAGAUUUGAGUUCUGCGAUGUCCUAGCGACAUCCUCAGUCCAGGAUUCUCAGGAGCACACGAUUCAAGCUGAGCGAGCUCUACGGGCGUACUGGGCGCAGGCUGCCAACAUGACGAAAAUCGACCAGCAAGAGUACAUUCGACUGCUGAAGAAGGGCUCCUUCGCUGUCCCAAAGGAUGCAAUUGCCGACCCCAGCAAACAUUCGCUGUACAAUGAGUUGUCCAUCAACCCUUCUUGGCCAAAAUACGUGAUGCUCAAGGCCAUGUAUGACCAAGACACCUUCAACCAAAGGCUCCUGGGCAAGCUUGAGGAUAAUCUCAAACUAGUCUUUGGUUCCCUCGACAUCAAAGACCUCACCUCGAUCUAUCACCAUGCAGGCCUCGCAAAGCGCAAACGCGAGCAAGAAUCCGAGAGCGACGAUGACCAAGAUAUUCCCAGCCGCAUUGUCAAAAUGCAGCCACCUGAAAACUCGUCUGCCGAGAAGAACACCGCUACUACGACUCGAGCCCAGCGUCCUCAAUACGGUACGCAGAGAGUCGUCGCUCCUAAAUCGCGCGGAAUCAACAUCGAAGAAGCCCUCAAAAAUCAGAAUGCGCUGCUCAAGAGGCGAUGCGAUGCGCUGGAAUCUUCUGUGGCAGAUCUCCAGCGCAAGAUUGACUCGAGUCACCUCAACCUGGUCGUGCUGCUCACUACCAUCUUGGAGAAAGUUGGUCAGGUGGCCGAAGAUAUCGAUGCCAUUAGAGGCGAAUUUGAAUGGGGAUCCUGA